AUGGUCUCGGCAUUGCUGAUCGGAGGCACUGGCCUUGGCUCCCAUCUCCUCAAGAACCUCGUUCUCCACCCGACGAUAGUCUCAAUCAAUACUUUUUCGCGCCGCAAUCCUUCCAAUGCAAACAUUCUUUCAGAAAAGCUCGAGCCGUUUGUCUCGCCAGACACAUCCCAAUGGGCCGAGGGGAUUCGCCAUCUCUCGUCUCCGCCUGAUCUUUUCUUUUCUGCAUUUGGGACAACCCGGGCGGCAGCAGGCAGCUUCGAAGCUCAAUACAAACUCGAGCAUGAUUUGCACCUAGAAUUAGCGAAAGCAGCCAAAGCAGCCGGUAGCAGAGUUUGUGUUCUCAUAUCAUCCCCCUUUGCCAAUGAGAACUCCUCUAUGGCAUACGCCCGAAUGAAGGGCCAAAUUGAAGAAGGCAUCAAGGCGUUGAAGUUUCAGAAGACCAUUAUUCUUCAACCAGGUAUCAUACUUGGUGCUCGUGGUGAGAGCCGGGUUGGGGAAGCUAUAGCGCAAGAGGUGGUGAAAGUAAUUGGUCUUAUCUUUCCAUCAAUCAGAGAUAUGAUGGGACAAGACGCUCAGGUUAUAGCUCGAGCUGCUGUGACUGCCGGGUUGAGGGCGUUGGAAGAGACAAACUCGGCCAAUACUGCGGCCAUCGAAAUUAUUAAAAGGGGUGAGCUUCUGCAACAUGCGAGCCCUUAA